GAAGACCGGCAGUUGUGGCGCCGCCGCCGAGCCAUUGAGAUUGAUGGUGGCCUGAGUUGGGAGCGGGAGGAGCCUCGGCAGCUGACGACCCGCCGCACCGACACAGGCCGAUCGGUUAUAGCUGGCUGCGGUCUGACGAGUCGUCUGCCGGCCGCAGGGAGCGUCCGUCCGUACCGAGCUGGCCAUGCGGCUGCUGGCGGCAGCGCUGGUGGUGCUGGCGGCGCAGGUCGGCGGGCAGCAGCAGCCCGACGUCUGCCCGUGCCGCACCCGACUCCAGUGUCCCGACCACUACGGCACCCGCCCGCUGGACGUGCUCCAUUUCGGCGUGCUGGGGCCGUGUCACGAGUACGGCCACUUCCGGUGCUGUCCACGCGCCGGCGACGGCGGCGGGCUGCGCCACCACGCAGUGCUGGGGGGACAGCUGGGUGUGGGCCGCCGCGCGCCCUCCCACCGACGGCGACCCCCUGUCCGAGCGGUGACCGCCGCCACCAGCGGGACCGUGCCCCACCGAGACAGCGCGGCCGUCUCCGCCACACCGGCGCCCAGCGCCCACACUGCGCUGAACAGCGGCGGGCCAACCACCAGCGCGGACACACCACCGACAGCUCAGCAUCCCGGUCACAUCGGUCCUUCUGAAACUGAUACUGCAGGACCAUUCCAGUCGGCGCCCGGCAGCAGCCCAGCUGUCUCAGCUGCUGACCUCAGCGACAUCAGCCCAGCGGUCUCAACUGCUGGCCUCAGCGACAUCAGCCCAGCCCAGACCGACUCCGCACCGCCCGGCACUGCUCAACAGGCGAUACUAAUCAGCGAGUCAGACAGCUCUUCAGAUACCCACUCCAAGUUACCGGCAGGUAACGCCAUUCUACCAUCAUCAGACGCCACCUCUCUGGACAGUGUGGAGGCGCACUUUGAAGAUGAAUUAAGAAAUGCAGGUCACGUCAUUGAAAGCUCUAUCUUGACCGCUGUCGGGAGGCUGAACCAACACGGAGAACCCAAAGCCACUGUCAAACCUUUCCCCGUGAUCAGUACAUCACUUAAUGUUCCAGUGACAGAAGCGGCAUUCCAGUCCGCUCCAGCUGAAUUUGAGGACAAAAUCUCUCUCCCUGUUGCUGACAUUGAAGGACUGACAUUUUCAUCCACGCCGGUUGCCGAAACGGUCUUCCACCAGGUAACGGUAGCUGAGACGACCGACGAGCCCUUACCGAAAAUCGAUCCGGUGUCACAGGUUCCGGCUGUGACAGGAGACUUGGAGCCUCCCACAGCGGACGCUGCUGGCUCUCAGCUCGGUCGGUACGUGCUGGACGAGCGGGCGGCUCGAGAGCACCCCGUGAUCCGCGCGUUCCGAGCUCAGACCGUGACGCCGGUGGUCAACAUCACCAGGACCGGCGAGCUGAGUCCCCCGUGCGGCUGCUACCCGUGCGGCACGUGCGGCGCCGCGCACCGGGACGCUGGCCGGCGCUCGUCCAUCACGUGCCCGGCCGGCUUCGAGCGCUGCUGCUUCCCCGAGGACCCGUGGCCCGACUUCGUGGCGACCGAGGCCGAGUCGUCGGCGCCGUGCUCUCUGCCGUCGCGCUGCCGGCGGCCGUACGGGGAGUCGGCGCGGGACGUGGAGCUGUUCGGCCUCCUGCUGCCCUGCUACCUGGGACAGGUGCGCUGCCUGGACCUGGUCCUACAGCAGGCCGAGCUCAUGUCCCCUGCGGAACUGCCACCGUGUGCCGAGGCCGGCUCCGAGACACCUCUGGAUGCCGAGCUGUCCGCGCCGAUACCGGACGUUCAGUUCAAGAUGUCUCUUUCCGAGCCAGACGACCAAUCGACCAAACGUGGCGAAUUCCAGCUCCAUGGCGAAUUACCGACGCUGGACGAUGUGAUGACAACGUCAACGCCUCCUGUCGAAGAAGACAAAAUACAGAGCUUCUCGGAGCCUGAGCCGAGCGGCAACAAUAACGAUCACGUAUCACCCUCUCAGCAGCUGGGUAACAUCUCUACCACUAACGCACACAAUCAGGAGGAAGAAGAGGAGCCUUUUGUUGUGAACAGCCAACCUGACUUCAAUACUCUUCUAAAACCUUUGCCUGAACCUCUGCUGAUCAAAGAAGGCACUCGCGUUUUUAAAGAUGCAUUGCUGCCCGCUAGUGAUUAUUUGCUACCUACUGAACCCUUUCCAACAACACCAGCACCGGCCUUGGAUGAAAGGGCUACCGACUACCCUACACCACCUCUGAACAGCGUCUACCUUCCUCCGGACACCCAGUAUGCAAACGCAGAAACACCCGCUGAGUAUGACUAUGACAGCUCGAGUUCCGAGCUCGACAGCUCUGCAUCAUCGUUAGUAACCGAUCUACACGCAGACAAAUCUACCGUAUACUAUGAUCUGGAUGGAGCUGCCUCUUCCAUUGACUAUGAACUUGAUACUGUAGAAUCUGGAGCCGAUCUCGUUCCCAAACCAGUAGCAUCCCCACGGUCAGACGAUUUCAGUGAAGUGGACGACUCCUGGAUGACGGACGAUCUGGCCCCUGCGGCUUCCCUGCUGUCGGCUGUUGGCGUCAGUCCCGGCCACCACGGUUCUCCGGGUCACCACCACCACCACCCUCACCACUCGGCACCAUCGGCACACCCGCUGCCGUCAUCCGGUCUCCACGUGAUUCCAGCUCCGGACCUGUCUCUUCUUCCACCACCGGUACAUCACGACGAAGCACAUACUGCGGGUGCGCACAUCCAUGAAGCCAGCGAUGUUCCACCAGCAGGGUCACAAACAUUGGUCAAUGAGUCACAGACGUCAGUCGAUGCAGGGGAUGCACACUCCCAUCAUGUCAGCAAUGUCCCAUUGACGGAUUCUCCCCCAUCAGAUCAUUCUGAAUCACCAAACGAAAGUCAGCCAAUAGCUGAGAUCCGUCUACCAGAAACAUACCUUCCGGUACCACUCGAGACAAAUGAAGACCAGUACAGAAACAGCCCAGAACCCGCACCUUUGCCUACCACUGCAUCAGAUUUGCAUGCCAGUAAGGCGACAUCAGAAAGAGAUGUCACGUCUCUUGACAUCCAGAAGGAGAAAGGUGACAACAACAAUGAUGUCGUUGAAAAUCAGUCUCCUCCCAUCACGGAAAGCACGUUUGAGGAUUUUGUAGCUUCAGCUAAACCUGAGAAGCAGGCUAUCGAUUUUCCCGAUUCGGUCAGUGUUGAAAUACCAGAGGGCCAGCAUUCAUCAGUACAGAUUCCAGUUCCCUGUCAGCCUCUAGCGAACUGUCAACGGCUUUUCGGCGAGAGUGCACGUGAUUAUGAACUCCUUGGGUCGCUUCCAGAGUGUCCCGAGGGAGAGGGUCGUUGCCUUGAUCAUGUGCUUUUGGUGUAUACUCGUCUUGGCAAACAUGAGGAGCUGUUAUUCGGGGAUAUGUCAGCCAUCAAGACCAGCGGAACCAUCAUUGAGAUUAUGGGUAGUCCCACAGCAGACGAAAAUGCUCCUAUUCGCUCUAUGGUAGUCCACGGGACGCCCGAAUUUAAGAGGACGGUUACCUUGUUAGGUGCUAAAAUGAUGUUUCCGACUUCAUCUCAAAAGCAACAUCUAUCUCACAAUGUAGAGCUGAAUGGAAAAAUGACUCAGACGCAGAAUAACGAUCAAGAAACUUUUCCUUUCGAGACGUCAGAAGAAGGAGAACUAGAAGGUCAUAGAAUGGAACCAGGAACUGUCGAAUUAGAACAGCCAGAUAGCGGAGAUACCGUGGUAACUGAAAACACAACGGUAGAAUUUGACGGCAACACUGAUGGCAUAACCAUUCACACAGAUUCGGCUUCCGAAGGCGCUGAGAUCUUCACCACAGGAAGUGCGGCCUCCACUUUUACUAGGGGAUCACAAGUUAUUGGGACGGCGUCACAUACGGAGAACAUAAGCUCAUCCGGAGCACAGUCGGGUCAGACUGAGGCUACUUUACAUGUGGCACAGCCUGGGCUGCACGCUGAGGCAGAUGACGAGGCUGGCGUGGCUGUAGUAGAAUAUGGUGUUGCCGCCGUUUCUAUUGUUUCCAGCGAAGGAAUGGGAAAUGAUGAGCAAUUGCACGGUCACGCUACAGUCACUGACCUUUCACAGGGAUUGCGCGUUGGGCAUCACUUUUCAAGGAGACCUCAGGGCCCCUUAGCUGCUCACGGGCGCCCGUCUCAUUCAAUGAGAGUUAAUGGCGCUUCCCCACCAGAACCUCGAUAUGGGGCUCCUCCACGUCAAUCGAGACCUCAAUACGGAACCCCUUCUCGACCCAAACCUGAGUAUGGACCUCCUCCUUCACCCAAACCCCAGUAUGAACCACCUCAACCCAAACCUCAGUACGGAGCCCCUCCACCUAAACCUCACUACGGAGCCCCAUCUCAACCCAAACCUGAGUAUGGACCUCCUCCCUCACCCAAACCUCAGUAUGAACCACCUCAACCCAAACCCCAAUACGGAGCCCCUCCUCCACCUAAACCUCAACACGGAGCCCCAUCUCCACCCAAACCUAAAUACGGACCUCCUCCCUCGCCCAAACCUCAGUACGGAGCCCCUCCUCCACCCAAACCUCAAUACGGAGCCCCUCUUCCACCCAAACCUCAAUACGGACCCCCUCCUCCACCCAAACCACAAUACGGAGCCCCUCCUCCACCCAAACCUCAAUACGAAGCCCCUCCUCCACCCAAACCUCAAUACGGAGCCCCUCCUCCACCCAAACCUCAAUACGGACCCCCUCCUCCACCCAAACCACAAUACGGAGCCCCUCCUCCACCCAAACCUCAAUACGGAGCCCCUCCUCCACCCAAACCGCAAUACGGACCCCCACCUCCACCCAAACCUCAAUACGGAGCCCCUCCUCUACCUAAACCUCAAUACGGAGCCCCUCUUCCACCCAGACCCCAGUACGGACCUCCCCCACCUAAACCUAAAUACGGACCGCCCCCUUCACCCAAACCCCAGUACGGAGCCCCUCAUCAUCCCCAGUCCAAACCUCAGUAUGGCCCUCCACCUCGACCCAAACCCCAGUAUGGACCCCCUCGUCCCAAACCUCAAUACGGACCUGCUCCAACCAAGUCUCAAUACGGAGCCCCUCAUCCAACUACGGCUCAGCACGGAUCCCGGCGUUUCCCAGCCCCAUCGGCCAGUUUUCAGCGCGGCCCGCGUCCUGCGCCUGUCGGGCUCGUCGCGUCAAACCACCUGAAGGUACAGCCCCGACCUCAAUUCGGCCCACGGCCUGCCGGAGGUCGCUAUCCUCCGGCCAGGCCCGGCUCUCACUACACCUAGAACAGCUCGCAAAUCACGUUGGCAAUACCUAGGCCCGUGAUCGCAUCAGCGCAGCAGCCACAGCCAUUCUUGGCUAUGAUGCUUACGGCUGAUGGCUCAAUAAAACACUAAAUACGACAGCAACAGCAUCAUCAAAACAUAAUUAGCAUAAGGCAUCGAAGCAUAAGCUAUGACUUUCAUAUAAGUUCGGUUUUAUAAGAUCCUUUAAGUGUUUAUCUCAUGGACCUAUCCACUAGGAACAUGCCGAUUUCGGCCGCGCUCACAUUCUACAAAUUUUCGGUCACACCAGGCGCCGCGAUGGCGGGCUUAUUGAUUGUGCACAAUAUUGUUGCGUGACCUUGCGUUUGUGUAACAAUGCCUGCAUAGGUCUGCCUUGGCCCAGCUAUGACUCGUGCCUUCAGCUUUUGUAAGGGAUUGUCUAGUGUGUAUUGAUGUUUUAGACUGGAUCACGUUUUCAGUCUUUCGAUUGGUUUGUAAGUUGUUUCGAAUUUGGAUUGUAACGAACGCGUUUUGCAUGGUGGAUGCGGGUUUGUCCCAAAAUGUCUUAUGCGGGUUUUCACUCUUGUAUGUGUAUCAUUUUGGUAUGUGCAGCUGCACACCGGCUGUGCUGUGAACAGCGGGCAUUGAUAUGAAUAUUGUCAUCCACCAUUUCUGUCCCACAAUAAAGUAUUGCCGGACAAGGCACACGUCAA